GCAAGCUCUCCUUGGCAAAGCCACCUGGGACGCAUACGUACCGUUCAGCAAAAAGGCUUCGCAGGCGUCGAUAAUUACUCAAACCCUACUGCUGCUGCUGAUCAGCGGCGUGAAACGACGCGGCGCAUACCUCUUGUCACAAAGCUCUCAAGAUGCCGAGCAGCAAGACGCAGACGACGCGCGACAGGAACCUGGCCAAGAUCUUCGUCGCCCUGCCAUUGCUCGUUACGAUCAUUCUCGCGGCGCUGCGCGCGGUCGCCGGCUCGAUGCUGGGCGGCGUCGGUUUGCUCGCACUCGUCUACUGCGGCGCGCGCAUGGCCGUCGCCCUGCGGGGCUGGACGCCGCGUUUCUUGAGAAGGCCGCGCGCCACGCGACUCAAACGAGAGGGCCGCUGCAUACGAGGUGCAGCGCUCGUGACCGGGUGCACGCAAGGCCUCGGCCGCGCCUUUGCGAGAGGCCUCGUGGAACGCGGCGUGCCCGUCGUGUUGGUGAGUCGCGACCAGACGAAGCUCGAGGCGCUGGCGGGCGACCUCCAGUCCGAGUUUCCGGCCGCGAGCUGUAGAAUCCUCGCGCACGACUUCGCCGGGCCCGCCGGUGGCUUCUACGGCAAGGUCGCGGACGUUAUUCGAAGGGACGUGGCCCUCGUGGUCAACAACGUCGGUGUGGUUUGUGGCCCGCGUCCGCGACCUUCGCCUCCCGUUGCGCGUCUGUGCGCGAGGUUUACAGCAUUCCUCGACGACGAUACGGGUCGAUCGUGUGGAGACGGGUCGCGCCUCGCGAGACGCCGUCGACGCGCCCCCGCACGCAGGGCGUCGACUACCCCCUGACCCAUGACGAGCUCGACGAAUCAAUGCUCGAGAACAUGAUUACCGUAAACUGCUGCGCAACAGCAAAAAUGUGCCGCGUCGCCUUACCUCUGCUCGCGGAGCGGGGCGGGACUAUCGUAAACGUGGGCUCGGGGUCCGCCGCGCAGCCGACGCCGUACCUCUCCCAUUACUCGGCCACAAAGGCCUUCGUCGAGCAGCUGUCGCGGAGUCUGGACCGCGAGUGGCGGCCCAGAAACGUGCGCGUGCUCUGCGCGGCGCCGUACUACGUCUCCUCAACAGGAUUGUACAAGGCUCGGGCGUCGUGGCACGCGCCCCCGGCUCAGGUAAUAGUGGACGGCGUCUUCGCCACGCUGAGCGACGCGCGGCAGGGGUCGUUCGAGGUGAUCCGUGCGUGUACGGCGCACGAGGUCAUCGGGGUGCUCUUCACGUCCAUCGCCGAGGACCCGGUCCUAUCCUCAGUCUGCGCGCCGGUCGCGCGGCUUCUAGGCGCCUCCGGUUCCAUGGUCGAGGUCAUGGCGAAGGCGCGGGGGCGGUACCUCGCUUCUUCUGGGGGUCGCUAAUGUGCUGAAGUAUUAUUUAA